UUCAUUUAUAUAAUCAGCUACCGAAUAACCAAGUGAGAGAGGAUGAAUAGUUGCGAAAAGAGAGGUCACACUGAUAAUAUUAAUUUCAUGCCAAUAAUUUGGAGUAGGCAAAACAAGAAAGAAAUGAUCUGCACGCAAAUGUUAAUAACAUCAUGGCGAUCAACAGCAAGACAAUCAUGACAUCCCUAUCUACUAUGAUACCAAAAAUAGUCAUGAAUUAGUCACUAGCUAUUAACAAACUAAACAUUUCGUAGUAAUUUCUUAUAGAAACAACAAAAUCUAUAAAAAUAAAUAUAUGAUACUAAAAGUAUGAAUGAAAAUUUAAUUGGAUGUAUAUGUAAUAUCAUACAUCUAAUAACAACAUGGAAUUUACAUUGGACUUGUUGUUGUAUACAUGAUCAUUAUAUAUACUAAGGGAUACCUUGACCUAUUAUCCCAUCUCAAGUUAUAGUUCUCUUGCUUAGAAGUCACAAAGCAAUCCACUUUGGGUUCCAUGCCCAAUUUUCUCAUUUCUAGAGAAAUAAAGAUAUAUAUUGAUAAAAAGAUAUCUCACAAAUUAGCUUCUCUUAUCCCGCCAUUCUUCACUCCCUUAAGUGUUUUAGCUUAGCUUAUUCUCUUCUGUCUUCUCGGUACUCAUGAGAGCUGAAGAUAAUAACACUUUUGAUCUUAAUAACUUACCUGAUGAUCCUUCUAUAGACUUUUUCCCAUUCUUUAAAGAAGGCUCGUCUUCAUCUUCAUCCUCUGGAGGAUUUAGAGAGAAGCACAUCAAAGAUGGAAAAGAGUACGAAUGUAGAUUUUGUUCACUCAAGUUCUUCAAAUCCCAAGCUCUCGGUGGCCACAUGAACCGCCACCGUCAAGAGAGGGAGGCGGAGUCACUAAACAAAGCUCGUGAACUUCUUCGCAACAAUACAUUUCCUCCUCAUCAAGGACCUCCAUUUAGUUAUCAGCAUGGAGAUAUGCAUAUAGGAGACCCAAUAACACCAUACAAACCAAUGAUGUAUCCACCAAGAUUGUUCUCCCCCUCCGCACUUCUGCCGCCACCACCACUUGUGCAACCUUAUCUUUAUCCACCACGGUCUCCUACCCCACCGUUAUCGCUUCCUUACCAUUGCACCGACGACUACUAUUUGUACAACAAUGGUACACAUCACCAAACCUUAACCAAUAGCGGUUGCGGUGGUCGCUCACUGCCUGAAUCUAGAUACAUCUUCAUCGGUUCACCCGUGGCUAAUGGCUAUAGGGUUGCUCCUCCUCUUUCGCAGCCUCUACCUCCACAUCAUGGUUAUAAUUAAGGCAAUGGAACAAAUGUGUGUGUUUUAAUAAAAUUUUAUCCAUUAAUGUUAGAUUUAUCCAUAUUUUGUGGAAUAUUGUAAGAGACAUGCCAAAGUAAUUGAUAAUGAAAAACUGAAAUUCACACUGGAGAGGGAGUGUUGUAUUUUGGAGUUAUGUGAGAAGUUUGUAUUUGUAUGAAGGAGCAGCUUUAAACUAUUUUUAUUUUGUUUUUUCUUAUCAUCAUCUACCACUUUCUGGUUCGGAGCUGUUUGUGAGACCAAGUGUUGUCUCGUUCUAUAUUUGUUCUUUGAACUUUUCUUUUUCCUCUGGAGAUAUAAAAAGAACAUAGAAGUGGCGAAAGACUAGGGAGAGGAGAGAUCAACUUAGUUUUGGACUUCUUCUACUUGAGUU